AUGCACAAAGCUCGCUGCGACAACCAUGCGCAUUUCGUCAUUUUGCCUCCUCGGGUUUGUCCUCCCUACCCUCUACUGGUCCAAUUGAAGCCAUACUCAUACUUCAAUGCGCACACAGGAGUUCUACUCUCGUCGAAACUAGGAAACGAGGCAAAGACAUCAGUCUCGAUCCGCGGCGGCACAUACAAAACGGAUCCCGCAUGGUUCAAUGUACCCUCAAACGUACUAGAUGCGACGUCAAGGAGACUUCACCUUCAAAAAGAUCACCCCGUGUACAUUACCCGACAAAUUAUCGAAUCCAACUUCCCCUCUCCCACAUACAAGUACUAUAACGAAUACAACCCAGUUGUAUCGACGCACCAAAACUUUGACUCACUCGGCUUCCCCCCAAACCACCCAGGACGAGCUUUGUCUGAUACUUACUACAUAAACGACAAGACUCUCCUUCGAACACACACCAGCGCUCACCAGGCCGAUACCUUCCGAGCCGACGAAAGCGACGGUUAUCUGAUUUCCGCAGACGUCUACCGACGAGAUGCGAUUGAUCGAAGUCAUUACCCCGUCUUCCACCAAAUGGAGGGCGCCAGAUCCUGGGAUAGAAGCAAGGUUCCCAACGGAGAUAUCGCUGCCGCCGUGCGAGCUGACUUGGAGAGCCUGCCGAAGCACAACGUCGAAGUGGAGGACCCAAACCCGCCUUAUCACGAUGAGCGCAACCCUCUACAAGACUGCCAUUCUGCAGCUGAAGCCCAGGCUAUCGGGGAGCACUUGAAACGAUCCCUGGAGAACAUGGUGGUGGACGUAUUUUCCAGAGCCAAAGCAGCUGCUCUGCGCGAGGAUCCCAACUUCAUCGACGAGCCACUACGCAUGCGCUGGGUGGAGGCAUACUUCCCAUUCACGAGCCCCUCAUGGGAGCUGGAAGUGUACUACGCAGGAGACUGGCUAGAGGUACUAGGCUGUGGUGUGGUCAGGCAAAGCCUCUACAACAAUGCCGGUGUGCCAUCGCAACUGGGCUGGGCUUUUGGAAUUGGCAUCGAUCGCAUUGCCAUGCUGUUGUUCAAGAUUCCCGAUAUCCGGCUCUUCUGGUCCCAGGACCAGCGGUUCCUUUCCCAAUUCACCGGCGUAUCUGACAACCUCGACAACCUGAAGAGGUUUGCGCCAUUUUCAAAAUACCCGCCUUGCCCCAAGGACGUUUCUUUCUGGCUGGCGUCCACAUCGGCUGCAGGAGGAAAUACAAAGGGAAACUUUCACGAAAAUGAUGUCAUGGAGAUUGUGCGCAACGUGGCAGGCGAUGUUGUCGAGGAUGUCAGGCUCAUUGACGAGUUUGUGCAUCCAAAGACGGGUCGUAAGAGCAUGGCGUAUCGCAUCGUGUAUCGCAGCCUGGAGCGUACUCUGACUAACGAGGAGGCGAAUACGUUCCAUGAAGGUGUGCGGGAGGCUCUUGUUAAGGAGUUGGGUGUUGAGCUACGGUGA